AUGGCGGCGCCGGACAAAAAACGAUGUAAACAAGGUUCGUUGGACGGGUUUUUCAAAAAACAAAGAUUAGAAAAUGAUGCAGAUGGAAAAAAACUAGAGGAGCCCUCAAAUGAAACAGAUAAGCCUGAUCAAAUUAGUCCUGAUACUCCAGUAUGUUCGUCAGAGAUUUCUCUCGUUACUAAACAUUCAUCUGAGGAAACUCCAAACCAUAAUACAACUAGUUGUUCUUCAAUUAAACUCCUCCUUAGCACAAUGUUUGAUGACACCAGUAAAGUACAUAAUAAAAUUAUCUGUCAGGAAAACUGUACAUCACUUUCUAAUGAUGAAAUUAAACGUGUGUCUGGUCAGAAGGAUAAGUUCCAGCAUAAUUGGCUGCAAGACAAAGCUAUUUCGUUCUGCUCAAAAACCACAUACUGGUGGUUAGUUUAUGUUGAAGGUUGUGGAAUGUACUGUCUCCUGUGCAAAAAACACCACACCAUUAAUUCUCAAAAUAAAGCUUCCUCAUUUGGAGACAUUCCAUCGGUGAGGAUGAAGAAGUCAGCAUUGACUGAUCACAUUGCUUCUAAAAAACACCAAGGUGCAAUUGAGGCUGAAAUGCUUAGCAGGGUGUCAGUAUUCCAAAAAGAAUUGACGGAAAAAAGUCAGGUAGAAAACAAUGUCCUAUUUAUGGCCUUUUCUGCAAUGUACUGGUUGGCCAAAGAAGGCAUUGCCAAUGAGAAAAUUUCAACUUUGCUUAAACUUUUAGAAAACAUAGGUUUGUCUGAAAUGAAAUUCUUUCAGCAUAGAUCAAGAGCUUCUCUCCGUGACAUCUUCACUACAUUAGGCAUGCAAACAGAAAAUGAUCUUGUAGAAAAGGUCAAGGCUGCAGAUUGUUUUUCUGUCUUGCUAGAUGACUCCUCAGAUGUUUCAACCAUAGAGCAGAUGAUUUGUUAUGUAAACUUUUGGAAUGGAAAUGCUUGUGACAUUAACUUUCUAUUCAUAGAAAAUGUUCUGAAAAAUGCAUCUUCUGCAAAUGCAGAAAACUUAUACAAUGUUGUAAAAUCUAAACUUAUUUCAUUAGGCCUUGAUAUGAGUAAAUUAUCUGGUAUUAGCACAGACGGUGCAUCAGUAAUGGUUGGCAAAAAGGGAGGGCUUGUUAAAAAAUUGAAAGAUGACAACCCUGCCCUUGUUGCCAUCCAUUGUAUUUGCCACCGUCUUGCUUUGGCAUGUAUUGACACGUGUGGAGAUUUACAGUAUAUUAAGGAAAUGGAGGGUCAUAUGACGCACAUUUGGAAGAUUUUCCAUUAUUCUCCUGUUAAGUUAGCAGCUUUAAUGAAGGCCCAGACAGAAGUCCACAAGAUGACUCUGUCUGAACCCGCAAGAAAGCUACUAACAAGGACGAUGAAGAAAGCAUGUCAAACUAGGUGGCUUUCAUUCAACAAUGCUGUACAGAGUUUAUAUCAAGAGCUUGUUCCAGUUAUUCAAACUUUGAACAUGUUUUCAGGUGAUGCUACCUCCUAUGGUUUAAUGAAAAAAAUAGCACAGCUCAAGUUCAUAGGAACAUUGUACAUACUUCAAAGUGUGCUGCCAAUACUUUCAGACUUGAGUAAGUUGUUUCAAAAGGGAAAUGUCAAUUUCUCCAUGAUAUGUCCUGGUCUGGAGAGUACGCAGCACAAGUUGAGGUCUUUGUCGAAGGAUGACAUUUUUGAUUCCUUGAGAGCUGAUCUGAGUCCCAAUGGUCGACUUGGUACACUGGACGUCACAGUAAGUGAGUUUACCAUGAGUCAGCUGGCAGUCACAAUGUCCAAGUAUGUGGAUGCUCUUUGCAAAAACAUUGAUGCUAGAUUUCAGCAGUCCCCUCUUCUGGCAGCAUUUGCUGUUUUUGAUAUCAGAUGUCUACCAGAGAGGGGGACUGAUGAAUUCAGUCAAUAUGGAAGCAAGGACAUCCACAUACUUGCAGAUCAUUUUUUUGGGACUCAGGAAGACACUGAAGAAAUGCUGGCAGAGUGGAUCAACUUUAAGUUCAAUCUUUCCUCCUGGAAAAAAGAAGUCCCUAUGGAAAUUUUGAACUGUAAAGUUGAAGAAACUCCAAUGGAGUGGGCUUUGAAAAAGCUUCUGAUCAUGAAGACGUCCAUGAUCCACUUCUUUCCUCACCUAGUGAAGGUGGCAGAGAUUAUUAUGACUCUGCCAGUGUCAAAUGCCUGGCCAGAGAGGGGUUUCAGUAGAAUGAAACUUGUGAAAACUUGUUUGAGGAAUAGAUUGCAAAAUGACAUCUUGCAAUCUCUUCUUCAUAUAAGUCUGAACGGUCCUUCACUAGGGAGUAAAGAAGCAGACAGCUAUGUCAGAAAAAGCGUCACAACAUGGUUGUCUGCAAAACCAAGGAGAAAGUUGCCAAAAGUUAAACCAGUGCUAGAGAAAGAAAAGGAGCAGGAUCCAGCUGAUCCAGUAGCUGUAGCAAGCUGUAGCACACAAACAGAGGAAGCAUCCAAUCUAGACUUAGUUCAGUUGGAAUAUGACAAGGCUGUUCGUGUGCUACAGUUGGCUAAGUUUGCUCAAAAGGUGGUUAGUGGAGAUGGGAUUGCUGAUGAUUUCGAGUAUGAAGAAGAUAAUGAUGAUGAUGACAAUGAUUUUGAUGUUUGCAAUGAUUAUUAA